GAAUGAAGGUAAACGAACGAAGGAGAGAGAGAGAGAGAGAGAGAGAGGGAGAAACACGGGGGCGGUGGCUGGAUCUCUUCGUGUCCGCCAUUACCGCCAUCACCCAUCACCCCAUCUCCAUCGCUCGUGUCCUAUAGUAAAGCUCCCGUAGCGUUCCUCCCCUCCUCCAGCUUUUCCCCCCAUCGCUAUCAGCGCGCUUCCCUCUUUCUCUCUCGUUCGCAGCCUCCCCUGCGUCGAACACACGAGCAGGACGUACCGCUACCUUGCACGUUCAUACGUUGGUGUUGGUGUGUGUCGAUGAACGUGCUUUCAGGCGAGAGAGAAGCGUAGCAGCAGCAGCAGCAGCAGCGCGCGGGUACCGGUGAGCUACUCUUGGCUGGUAGUACACCGCGACAUUCUGCCUGCUUGCCUGCUGCCAUGCCCUAGCACCGCGAGGGCCGCAAGCGUCUCUCGGUUCCUUCGUUCCUUCUUCUCUUCUUCCUUUCGUUUCCCUCCCCCGUUCUAUUAUUUGUUUAUUCAACAAAAAACAAAAACAACGGAGUUACGCGUCUGUCGAAACAAGAGUUUUUUUUUAACCCGCAACCGAGGAAAAAUCUAAUUGAACGCGUUUCACGUACCACGAUACCCACGGUAUUGUACCGAGUACAGUCAAAAGUUAUGAAGUGACCGAGUGCUUCAUCCAAGAAGGAAAAAGCUGUAACACGCGCGCGGGGCUUCGCCCUCGCCCUCCGUACUCCGCGUCGGACGCAUCGUACAUGCAUAAAAGAAAAAAAAUACGUCGAUACGUCAAUAGACGAAGUUUUGUCCCCAGUUUCGACUCUAUGUUCGUAAAUACAUGUAUGUAUUCUUGUAAAUAAGUGUGUAGACGUGUGCGCGUAAAUAAAAAAAAUUGCGAGCGGUGAACGCGACGCGGGAGUUUUUCCGAUAAACGAAUAAGUAGAAUAAACGUGCAGUGGCCGAAGACAAAAAGUUUGUUGGUUAAAAGUGCAAUAUACAGUGAAUAACGAGAAGAAAGAAGAAAAUGUUUCUCUCACGCGUCCGUGCGAGAGGGCGCGUAUGGUGAGCGUGUUCUUCAAAAAGAGUGAGCGAAGGGGAGGGGGCGUUGUACGUGGGCGGCUGGCGAGUGAGAGAGACGGAGACGAAAAGAGAGCGCGAAGCAGCAUCAAGAGAGCAGGGCGCAAUACGGUUCGCGUCUAUCGUCGACCUGUACAAAGCUCGUUUCACCGGGAGAGCCCAGAAAACAGCAAUCGCUUAUGUACAUAAUCGCACGCGAUCUCGCUCUCGCUCCUCUCCACCUCGAGACUCCACGAAAAAAAGGAAAAUAGCUGCACGCACGCGAUUUUUCCAUACAAUAAAUACGUAAACAAAGGAAAUUAAAAAUACGGCGAGAUCUCCGCGUCGCGCGCUACGUUUCCCCAAAUUUUUCUCUAUCCAAUGACUAACCUCGAAUUCCGAAAGCUCGCUAGGAGAAUUCGCGGCGGAGAACGUAUCGGAAGAAAAGCUACUAAUAAAUACUCGACGAUUCAUCCGAAAUCUCACGGAUAGCAGCGCUGCUGAAAAAAAUACGCGUCAUUUAAGUAUCGAAACAACGCUCCUAACGAAUUUCUACCUAUCUAUAAUUUUUAUUUCAAUUCAGCGUCCGAUUUACCGCGACGCACCUAACCUCUUCGAGCCUCGAGUGUGCUUCGUAAAACAAUAUCCACCUUUGUACAUACGGCACACACACCCACGCAACAUCCUCCCGAGCACAUUUGGAUACACGUACAUCUCACUCGACUGUAUCGCGAUCUUUCUUUCCCCACUAUUUCGCAGUUCCUACCUCGAGAUCGCACAGCAUCUUUCUUUCAUCCAGUCCCCCGUCUCCCCUCGGCCCGGUACUCGCUCGAUCCGACUCUUUUCUCUCUCCGACGCGCUUCCUCGCUUCCCCAGAUGAGGUAUCGCGGUACACCGCGCUCACUCGUCGAUAAACCCGAGUGAAAAAAAUCUAGACACGAUAUUUUACACUCGCACAUGUCUCUUUACGUACAUGUGUGCGAGCGAGCGUGCACACAUUCACGGAAUACAUAUGUAUACGCAUCGGCUCGCGAGACUGCGCCACCUAACCAACAUCGCUGAUACUACUUUCGUGUCGUCAACGACUCAUCAUCAUCAUCAUCAUCAUCAUCACCGUAGCUAGCAGGAGGCAGUAUUUCACGGAGAAGGAUUACACGCACUGACGGACUGACGAGAAUCACUGCCUGGCUUCACCGUUUCUCGAUACACUGCUCGCCCUCACCUGAUGCCACUGAAAGUCGUCGAGCGGCGCACCGACUACCGGACGACAACGAAUACCAGUUUAUUUGGAAAACACAGUGAAUUUUUAAGUGCGCACACUCGACGAAACUUACCGCUGAACAACGAUCAAAGUUUUUUGCUGCUCUCGCUUAACUCGCAGAUUUAAACGGAAAAAUUGACUCCCGAAAAAUCAUUUCCCGGAUGUUGGAUUACGAUUUUGACGAUCUCUGCGCGCCUGUUGGUCCGAGUUCCUUAAUCUUCGAGCUUCACGUUCUUUCUGCUUCCUCGCUUCAUAUCGCGCGCUGCUUCUGUGAGGUCGCGCGCGUACACACGCAUCACAUGUUUUUUCGGUGCGCACGGCGAUCGGAGCUCGUCUUGCCAGGGGAAAAAUAAAUUUUUGUAGAAAUCGUGGCCCAUCCUCGUACCGCGCGUCGGCCACGCGCUCUUCGCAAAAACAUCGAGUAUUUGACAGACAGAGAAACACCGAAACUAGUUUGACCGUAACGAUAAUAUCAACGGUGGAGUUUACGAAUGAGACUUGGUCGCGCUUCGCAGACCUAUGGGCUCCUCACGAACGCGAAUGUGACGCUGAGAAUAUUCUACCGCGGCGACAUCUCAACGGCGAUUAUUUGUACGAGAAAGAAGCUCAAUCACGAGCUGCUUUUGGAACGACGAUAUCCAACGUCGUUCAACGAUGUUUACUCGUACUUUUUCGUCGUAAAAAUUUUUCAUUAAAUAAUAUACCUCUCGGGAGGUUAUUGCCGCGCGUGACCUAAUACAUACACAAAAUUUUCGUUGAAAAUCACGAAAUACUUACUUUUUUACACUCGGCGGGUCGACAUCGACCCAAAAACGGCUGGAAUCAUACGGAGGCUUAACGAUCUAAUAUGAGCAUGACUCUCGUACGGAAUACGUUCAAAGGGUGCAGCGAGGACGAAGCCGGCGCUGAGCUUGCUGAAGUUGCCGAUAGCGCGGGUGUGGCGGCGGCUCAAGGUGGUGGGGGCGGAGGAGGUCGCGGUGGUGGUGGAGGCGCUGGAGGAGGCGCCGGUGUCGCCAGUAGUGGCGGCACAGGAGGCGAGGCCGGCUCGGUAAAGCAAGGCGAGCGAUGCCCGCAGUGUGGCAUGGUCUGUAGGGAUUUACACGUUCUUCAGCUUCAUCUCGAAGAUAUUCACAAAACCUCGUUCGCGAGCAUCGACAAACACGAUCUCAGCGCUCAAUUCUCCCAAGUUUCGUGCAAAGUGUGCAAUAAAACAUUCGCAAACGUUUAUCGUCUUCAGAGGCACAUGAUCAGCCACGACGAAAGCGCAGUUUUGCGUAAAUUUAAAUGUCCGCACUGUGAGAAGGCCUUCAAAUUCAAGCAUCAUCUGAAGGAACAUCUCCGAAUCCACAGUGGAGAAAAGCCAUUCCAAUGCAACAAUUGCAGCAAACGUUUCUCCCAUUCGGGCUCGUACUCGAGUCACAUGACUUCGAAAAAAUGUUUGAUAGUGAAUUUAAAAAAAACACGACAAGCUUCGAUAGCGAGUGUCGAUCGCGUCGCAAAAAAAUCGUCGCAACAGAAUCUCUCAAAUUCGCGGCGGGAUUCUGUCGAUCUUCACGUCUCGAACAACAACACUUUUAUGCCGAUAUUACCGAAAUUGUCGCCCUCCGAUUAUCAGGACAUACACCGAGAAGGAGCAGGUAUCUACGACAUGCCGACACUCUUACCGCAAAUGAUGGGCUUCGGUAGCUAUUUUUUGCAAUCUUCGAUCGGUAAAAUUCUCAACCAAUUGCACACGAAACGACUGGACGAGGUUGCCGAACAAUUCGAGUCGCAUCGCGAAGUCAUGAGUCCCUCGACGGCUGAUUCGGAAGGUACCGAAGGUACGGGAGGAAAAAAUUCACCGUUGCCCAGCGAUCCUCAAGGCCUCGAUGCUGUUAGAAGAAUUCUUGAGACCGUGAAUACCUCAGUCACGAAACAGCUGCUUGAGGCGAAUGUGAGAAAAUUGGCCUCGUCUCCUGCUACGAUUAAGCGAGAAUUCUACGAAGAUUAUCAGGAUCAGGACAGCGAGAUGUCGAGUGAAAUGACUCACAGUCAGGAUUGGCAAGCAGCGGAUCAGUGUGAUUCGCAAAGCGAAGGUCUGGCCGCAAAACUGGAGGACGUCAAUCGACCAUCGUCGGAGCGUCCGAGUAUCAAGAGGAAAGCCGAGGACGCCGGCAUUGAAACUUCGGAGGGUGAAAUCGAGGAUGAAGAAAGCACACAGCCGCAGAACGAAUCAGGCAGGAGAGUUAGAGCACGCUCGUUGAUCGAUGACGAACAAUUGGCCGUCCUUAAGGGAUAUUACGCGAUAAAUCCACGACCUAAGAAAGAAGAAAUUGCAAUGAUAGCGAAUUACAUUAAUUUUUCAACUCGAGUUGUUCAGGUUUGGUUUCAAAAUUCACGGGCGAGAGAUCGCAGAGAGUCGAAAAUUCCUGAACUUUUGCCCCUGACGAACUUCAGCCAUCACACCAAUAUCGAGCAACCGCUCGAUCUCUCGAAGAAAGAAGCUUACGCGAAAUCCGUUGUGAAAGACAACGACAAUGGAUCGAACAGACACACCGCAUCUCCUUGCGCUCCCAAAGAAGAGCCGAUACGUCCUCUUUCACAACCUCACAACGACGUCGAAGAUAUCGAUGAUUCGCCUCUUGUCAUUGACGAGGAAACGACCGAUUGCGCUGAUCCCAAGAAAGUAGAGGUCAUUAUAAACGAGGAAAUCGUUCCCAAGACUCAACCCGUUAUUCAAACGAAAACUACCGAGCCCGUAGUCACCACGACGACAGAAGCACCGCCUCCACCUGCCGAGAACGAACAAGAAGGAUUAUACUUUUGCGAUCAGUGUGACAAGACGUUCUCAAAGCACAGUUCACUCGCGAGACACAAGUACGAACAUUCCGGUCAAAGGCCUUACAAAUGCGAGGAGUGUCCUCGUGCAUUUAAGCACAAGCAUCAUCUUACGGAACACAAGAGACUUCACACCGGUGAAAAACCUUUCCAGUGUUCCAAGUGCCUGAAGCGAUUUUCCCAUUCUGGUUCCUACAGUCAGCACAUGAACCAUCGUUACUCCUACUGCAAGCCGUACAGAGAAUAGUGACGACUUCCUGCAUCAUCUCAGGCCUCGAUUUCUUGUCGUCGUCGCCGUCGUCGUCGUCGUCGUCGUCGUUCCGGCACAUCGCCAAAAAAAUUCAUAUAUUUAUACAUAUAUAACUAUUCUCUGGUCAGGGAUGAAGUAGUCGUCGGUGGCUUUUGCAUAAAUUCUUUGUUGGCCAGAGCAAAAAAUUCCAUCCUCGAGAGAAAUCUUGAACGACUUGAAAAACUUCAAGUUCGUGUGUCUCUAGUUCAUCCCUGAUGGCGAAUUGACGUAUAUAUGCAUGUAUAUGAUAUGAUUAUAUACAUAAAAAGUCCGCUCGUCGAGCCAAGUACGUAUGAAAGCACAGAAGAAGGAAGUAGCAACUUCCUCAUUCGAGGCUUAGCAUUUAAGCUUUACGCGCACCGACGAAAACGUCGUAAUGUUCGUUUUCGGAAAAAAGUUUCGUCCUACGAAACGAACGGAGCAAGAUGAAAGAAAAUUUCAAUUCGAGAUAGGGGAGAGAGCAUUUUCUCAAGGAGACCCGUUCACCGAGAACUUACCAUCACGCAAAUGCCAAAGCAACCAAAAACCUCAGCCGCACGUACGCGUUUCCGAAUUGUAUAACAAAAUAAUAACAAUAAUUCGUGAUCGUGUAUAACAUAACAAAGUUAUGAAUGUUGCCCUAUUGCGCUGGGAAUAUUAUAGAAGGGGAAAAAGUAACUGGGUAAAAAUGAUGAUGGAGAAAGGAAAGAUAAAAUGCCAACAAACAACACGUAACGGUACCAAAAAUGCAUAAUGCAAUAAUCUAUUAUAUAAUAUACAUAAUAUUUUAUUAUUUUUAUUAACAAAAUAUUAUAUAUACCACGACAAUAAUAAGAACUAAUAAAUGUACAAAUUUGUUAGCCAACGAUUCGCUCGAUGAGUGGCGAGUAUAGGUGAGGAGAAAACAAAGAAUAAAAGAAACUGGAGUAAUGAAAUGACGAUUACGCGAGUAUUUGAAAACGAGCCGCUGGCGUUCACUUAUGAGGAUAAAUAUGAAAAACGCAAAACAAAAAAAUAAAAAUAACUCAAUACUUUUUCGAAGAGGAAUUAAGAAUAUAAAAGUUAUAUUAAUAAUAUUAGUUGACGUAAGGAUAGUAAGGUUCCCGCAAACAAAGAAAAAACAACAAGUUCUCGGGCAAUUUCGCGAAUAGGCCAGGAAAUAAAGAGUGUGAUUUUGACAAAAAAAGUAACAGGUUCCGUUACACGUGGAAAAGUCCUCUGAUGUUGAGUUUAUAGUUUUGAACACGAGAUUCCGAGUACUUUGUUUAUUAUUAACAAAUUAGUGAAAAAUAUCGCACUUCUUUUGAGUUUAUUUCUUCUAAAACGAAAACCAAUGAAGUUAGGGGAAAGCUACCAAAAGACGAAAUGUAGGGAAUAAAAAUGCGAAGAGAACGAGCCACGGAAAGACCCGAUCGGUUAAUAACUAACGGAAAAAAUGGAUAAAACAACAAAAAAAUGACGUUUUUUCAAAAUCUGAUGAUUUCGUAGCUUCGUUUCCUGGCCUAGAAUUGCAGGCAUACAUACUGAUAAAAAUUAUAAUUGUUUCAUUAAGAUUAUCAUACUAAACGCGUGAGAAUGAAAAAGCGUUGAAGGACGAAUCGAAAUUUGGAGUUAAUAUUAUAGAGAUUAAAAACUGAUCUGAACGAAAGAGUGAGGAUCGAGAACUUUCCAUCCUUGUUCAAUGUUUCCCUUCGUAUGCAAUGAGCUCUUGUCUGAACGAACGGAAGAGAAAAAUUUCAUCGACUUUUUCGAGCAAUCACGUUGGACGAUGCGUGUGUUUUUUUUUCUUUUCAUUUAUCAGAGUAAAAUGUUUCAACGAAUUCGUUCAUCGUUCAUCGAGCUAUACAAGUCCUUUCUGUUUAGUUACGUAGCUGAUUAUAUUUUGUAUCGGCUUCGGGAGAAAAACACGAUGUAGCAAAUACGGGAACGAUCGCAAUUCAUUGUUCGAAACACAUUCCUACCGAGAGAGUCUCGCAUAUUAUUAUCUUCAAUCUAAUCGUUUGUAAAUAAAAAUAUUCAAGCAGGAUAUUAUUUCAAAUCGCCAGAGAUUUUAACCGAGAACAGGUGUGAAAAAUUGACCAACGAAACAAAAUAGAGAGUAUUUAUCGCUGAGCUUUUUUACGAACGAGGAACAGAGUCUCAAAAAAUGGCUCUUUUUUUUCAAUACUCGGGACACAUAUGCAACGAAUGAUUGAAUUUAGAUUCAAACAAUUUUUAUUUGGAAGGUGAUUUUUCCAAGUGUUUUUGUUCUCAACGUUUGACAGGGACAAAAAAACACAAAAAUCGUGAAUAACCAAGCAGUCAUACGUACUUAUAGCAAGUUGACGAAGUCACUUAGAAAAUGAGAGCGUUCACAAGCGCGCGCGUUUAACGAAAUGCCAUUGGUCCUAUUUGUCAUAAAACAUUCCGUAAAAACGCGUUUCUUUCUUCUCUUUUUUAAUAUUAGAUUUUAUAUAUCCUCUCGUGUUUUUUGGCUUCUUUUUUACUCACAAUCGCGAUUAAUACAGAGGUGCAUUUUAUUCUUUACCGAUCAUUCCCGUGUAUGCAAAAAUCGAGAGAGUCAAAAAUAGUUUUAUCGUUCCUAGUGAAUUGGAGCCCGAGUCGGGAAAACUUUUUUACACUCGCAAUGCAAAAAAUGCGAUGUACAUGUUUAUAUGUAGACGCGAAUUGGGUAAAAAAACAAACGAACAAGCAAAUAACGAAACCGGUGAAUUUUCUCUGGUACAGCAAUUAUCGAUUUUCCGAGGGGAACAACCCGCGUGAGUCCCGAUUGAGGAGGAAAAAAAAUUUUCAACAUGAUAUUAAAUGCUUCCAACAAUAUACCAUGACUAAAGCUAUAUGAUUAUUACGACAUUUGUAUAAUUUUAUUCGCUCUUUUUUUUUUUUUUUUUUUAAUUAUAUACACAUAUAUUUAUAUAUAAAUAAAUUCGUUCGAAAAGCCUAGAAAAAAAGAAAAGCAAGCGAUACGAGAGCAACGCGCAAAAAGUCUCUGCGAAAGAUGAUAAUACUCGAGAAUGUAUUUUAUAACAGUUUAUUCGUCUUUUUUUAUUUACACGUACCAGAAGUGAUAAGUGAUAUUGUUAUUGAUAAAUAUAUAACUGUGGUAACCGCGUAUAAUUGCCAGGCCAAUUGAGGCAAAAAUAUUAGCCAGCAGAGAGGGGUGAAAAAUGAGUUUUAAAGAUUAAUCACGAUUACGAUAAUAACUACCAAUUACGAUAAUAAUAAUGAUAAUGAUAAUAAUAAUAAUUAAUUAAUUAAUUGAAUAAUGAUAAUUUUAAUGAUAGAAGAUAACAAUGAUGAUAAUAACGCUGAACUUGUACUUCCUCACGUAGAAGCUUCGGUUAUCCGCGACAGGCAUCGUGUUCAUACAUAAUUAUUCAUCCUACGAAUAAGCAGAUAUGAUGCUUAUAAUACUCAUUUAUUAUUAUAGUGUUAACACUUAAGAAAUAUAUUUUUAUAUAAUUAUAAUAUAUUAUAUACGAUAGAACUUAAAUGAUCGUUUUGCGAUCGACACAGGUCUCUAUUGAAACUAUCUCUCUCACUUAUGACAAAGACAAAAAAUACAAUACAGUCGAGUCGGUACGAAAGGCCAGUUUUUGUUUUCUGUAUCUCAUACUUUCCAAUGAUUUUCGUCCAUUGAUUCACGUAAUUGUGCCAAAAGAACGAACAAUCGAGAGAGACGAAGCGAAUCUGUUUGCUCCGUUGAUGAAUUCUCGUUAUAGUGCAUUUUUAUGAAGUAACGCGGUGAUUUUGCGAAAAGCAACGAAUGCCUCUCGGUAUACGUGUCCAUUCGUCCUUCCUGAAUAGCUGUCUCAAUAUUUCCGAAAGUGUUUGACGCGACAAAAAUUGUUAUUAUCGUUUUUUUACUUUUCUUUUGUUUUUGUCUCUACAAUAUUUUAUUACGCGCUUGAAUUUUAUAAGGAAAUUAAGAUUUUUUUAAUCAUUCGUUUUCUAUUGAUUUGUUGUAACGUUCACUUAUUUAUAAAAAAUUGCCGAUGAUUUUUUGCCACCGCCACGUUCCUUUGUCGUUUAUCAAUUGGUUUUAAUCGUACUUUUCUCACACUGUUCCUACGAACUUUGAUCGUUUGUUGCUUUCGAGACGAGAGUCUGUUAUGAUAACUGAUGAAAAAACUAUAUACACACACACUGAAAUCGAGCCGUCACGGAUUGAAAGAAAUGAAGACAAUAAAUCGGCAGUCGUUACGUAUACCUCAAAUAUUUGAGAAAAGAUAAAAAUAAAUGAUUGAUCGAUUGAGGAAAAUAUAAAGAGAGAGAGAGAGAGAGAGAGGGAAUGCUGAAGCGAAUUUUACGGCUAGACCAAAAACUAGGAGGUCUGUACUGUAGGGCUAUUUGUAUCUUCUUCGAUGACAAAUGAGCGAGCAACAUUUUGCCAUCGUUUCGGGCUUGACAGCCGCAUCUCAAAAGAUUGACAACGAAAUAAAGGAAUAAAGGUGUUGAGACGAGAGGAAAACAAAAGAAAAACAAUACGAACGACGAAAAUUCGCGAGUGAAUGUGAUUUUUUUUCUUUUUUCGAUAUUCGCAGGAAAGAAGGGCGUAAAAGUACUAAUACAUUUUGACGCUGUAGUCGCUGAUGUACCAAUUUGCCAAUGCAUAUUUACAAGGAUGAGACCGAAAAGCGAACGCUGCGUCGUUCAAGCGAGCUAAAUUUUUCCCGAACUAAACUAAAUGAAGCAAAGUUGAAGAGGCGAAUACGCCUAGCAAAUAACCUACGCCCUCGUCGGUAUUGGCAAAACAUUUCACGUGUCUAAUUCCUAAAAUGAAGUGAAAAUAAAAGAAAAACGAAAAAGAAAAAAAAACACGAUAACAAAGAAGAAGCAAAACGAAGUGAUGGAUGAACGAAAUAAGAUGGGAAAAUUUUUACGAUUGUUAAAGCAACGAUUUAAUAAGAGAAGAAGAAGAAAAAAAAAGGAUAAAAUAAAUAAUAAAAUAAAUAAAAAGCACCAUACGAUGCCUUCCGUGAACGACCGAGCUUGCCUAGUUGCCAAAUAGUACCGACGAAAAAGCGAGUUUAAUAUCGGAGGUAGGCUGUUUUUUUUCGAUGCGAUAUUCUACUGGAAAAUGAAAAAAAACAACCACGGAAAAAGUAGAGAGGGGGGGGAAGGGGGGGGAUUCCAAUUGAUACGAUUCGGUGCAUCGAGAUCUUCGAACUAGCAAAAUAAGACUUCGUUUCUUUCAUAAAAUACCAUUAUUAUGAUUUUUAUAUUUUUCUUUCACAAUCAUCUUAUUUUUUAAUGCACGUGACGGCGGUCUUCGUGAUCCGCGGUCUGCCUUAAUAUGCACAGGCACCACAGCUUUCGAUACCUCGUUGCACCGAAUCUCCCCCAUCCGGGGAACGGGUGUAUGGCUCUUUCGGAAGUUUCGAUAACAAAAUAAGCUUCGCGCGAUUCGAGAGAAAACAAAAAUUAAUUAAAUCUACCUUGUGACUUCCAAUUAUAAACAGUGAAACCGGAUUGUCAUGCAAUUGAGCUUUCCAUGACUAUGUAUACAUAUAUAUGUGUAUAUAUAUAUAAAUAAUUGAGUAUAUGUGUAUAUACAUAUAAAAUAUAUGUAGACAUAAGUACCAAAAUGGAUAACAAAAAUGUAUAAUACUAUUCGAUACCACGGACAAUAAAAAAAACCAAAAAAAAAAACAACAAAAAAAACAAAAAAAAACAAACGAAUAUACCGUUUCACUUAGACACUUUGAACCGUAACGAUACAGCAUAGUAUACACGUAGAAAUAAAAGGUAUAAAUAUAUAUAAUAUAUAUAUAUAUAUAUAUAAAUAAAUUUACAAAAAAAAAUAAAAAUAAAAAUUCGUAUAUAUAAAUAUAUAUAAAUAUAUUAUAUAGAUUUGAGGAAAAAAAUUAUAAAUAACGUGUAAUUGCCAUUGAAUUAACAAUAUGGAGAAUGAUAACGAUGAGAAUGAUAAUGCAAUACGUACUCGCUGACUCUGAGACGAGAGGAGAGAAGAUUAGUUAGGAAGUAAGAAGAAAAAUGAUGGAACGGGGGGGGGGGGGGGGGGGCUAGCCAUGUAGUGUCGGCAGAGUCCCAGAAAAUUUGGAUUGAGAUUGAAAAAAAAGAAUUCGGCUUUUCCUCCAUUUGAGUUGUCACAUUGUUGUAAAAGUGAAGAAAAUACGAGAGAACGGGAGAGGCGAAAAAAUUCAUGUAUUUUGGCAAUAUUAAUGUGGAUAAAUAUUCAAAAUUUUACUCGUGGAAAAUUAGAUCCGAGCGGAAGGGAGUGACGCUUGAUUCUCCAUUUACAACGAAACGAUUCGGGCGCUUCGCGUAAAGUUCGGAAUUUUAUUUUUUAUUCAAGGACUAAGAAAAUAUAGAACAAACUGCAAAAUUGUUCAGUGUCUUUCGUGAGUACGGAAUUUAUUCCCCUUCGAAUUAAAUCGGGAAGGAGCUAGAGUUGGAGCUGUGUUCACACUACGUAGCUAACUUCCAACGAUGAAUUUAAAGAAUUAGGGAUGCACGAAUGCUUACCUUUUGAACGUCGUAUUUGUUACUGUGAGAUAAGGAUUAAAAAAAAAAAAAAAACAAAAAAACAAAAAAACAAAAAACAUAGAAGAAAAAAUAAUAUUGUAUUGUGACAAAGUUCCAUCCAUAAUAAAUAAAUGAAAAUAUUAUACAGUUAGGCCGACUAUUCCGCCAGUUCGUGCCUUUUUUCUGCAGGGAAAAUGCAGUUUUGGAAAACGGAUCUAGCGCGCUGUAAUGUCAGUUCUUAAGACUAACGAAAAAUUAAAAAAAAAAUAAAUAAAUACGAAAGAAAAGAAGGAAACAGAACAAAGUAAAAAAACGAAGGAAACCAAUAUAUUGCGGGAUUUGCGUGUAUUUAAAAGUAAAGCUCACAAAACUCGAGCAGAGUUUGAAGGCUACUAACCCGAAUUUGAAGGUACUGAUUGUAUUUUUGCCAAGAUCUUCGGGUGCCCAUUGUGUUAUUCGUUCGCAUGUAAUAUAUUUUAUUGAAAAUAAAAAAAUAUCACGUACAAUUAUACCGGCCACGUGUGUGUGUGUGUGUAGUACGUUUAUCGGUUAAUUACUCAAUACGAAGAUUCAAUUGUUUUUUUUUUCUUCUCUUUUCGAUAUAUAUUUUUAAGACCAAUCAAAAUUUAAAUAAAUUUAUUUUAUCGAGGCUUGUUGAUCGAAGCAAAUAAAUCAGUACGUUCUUCAAUAUUACGAGCAGUUAUUGAUUUAAGAUAAAAACAAACGUUAUAGGUUAGUUUUUUUGCCAAUGUAAUUGUCCAAGUAGUUCGUUCUAAUUUAACCUGCGGUUCGAUAAACCUUAUUUGACGUAUUUUUUUCAAUGUGCAGUAGCCGGAAGUAAAGACAAAAGAAAGCAACGUUAGAACAAAAAUACGUGUUAGAAAACUUUGUAGCACUAUAACCUGUAAACUUUCAUUCCACGUUACUUUUUUUUCAUUCGAAUUUUUCGUACUUUUUUUCUACAAUAUCGCCUCAGCUGAUAUUACGUUGCGUGCAUCGGAUCGAAUGUCCAGUACGAUGUACGUUUAGAAUGUAAUUAUAUAAUUAUACAUACAUAUAGAUCUUUCGAAAGUGUGGUAGUUGCAACCUGUACACAUUGCCAAUUUAAUGACGCAAUACUCAUUUGUUUUUUCGCCACAUUUUGUGUGACUUCUUUUUCGUACAGUUUACCGAUAUAAAAAGAAAAAAUAAUAAAAUGUCAUGCGCUUGAAUAAAAUUCAAUAUACUUCUUA